AUUCAUUUAAUUCUUUACCUGAUAUUUUUAGUCAUGUUAGCGGCAUGACUCUAUGAAUGGCAUUUCCCCUCUUUCUGUCAGUUGUUCGGUCAAUCCACCACUUUGUUCCAGACUGAAACAUCCCAACAACUACUGCAUGGAUUGCCAUAAAAGUUUGUAAAUAUAUUUAUGUUCCUCAGAGGAUGUACGCCACUGACGUUGGCAAUCCCCUGACUUUUCCUGUAGUGCCACCAACAGGUUGACAUCUUAGUUUUUUUGUGACUACCACUGAAUGGAUAGGUAUAACAUUUUGUACAGAUAUUCACAAGCCCUAGAGGAUGAAUCCCAACGACUGUGUUGAUCCUCUGACUUUUCCUGUAGCACCACCAACAAGUCACAGUUUUCCACAGUUGUAAUCUGAGAAAUAUCUCAUCAUAUGCUAAAUGGAUUGGCACUAAACUUGGUACAUUUUCCUACUUUGACAUUUGGUACACACAUCCAUGUUCCCCUCAAGAUAAAUUGUAAUAACCUCUGUGAUCUCUUAACAUUUUGUCUAUCACAUUAUCCCUUUUCUUUAUUCCAACACCAGUGCAGAGCUGCAAAAGUGGUCGACUAAUCUAUGGACAUGCAAAAUUUCUGUCCAAAUCAAAAACCCUUUCUGUUUCAAGGGUCAGUGAUCACCUACAUCAACUGAAGUAUGAGACAUAUUAAUAAAUCAGUGCUUGUUUAUGCUUUUGUCACCUUGGUGAAUAAGGAACACUGCAGAUAUGCAAAUGACAGCAUGAUGAGAGUUUUCCUUAAUAGUGAAUUUGUUUAUGGCUAUUUGUUUAUGGUCAGGAACUUUCCCCGGAGCUUCCUGACCAUUGCUCAUUCCUGUAUUUAAAUAUUAUUAUGAAUUUGUCAUGUAGUAUUCCACCACAGCAGGCAAUUAUGUUGCCAUAUUCCUGAUUAUACUCAUAAAAACAUAGUUCCUACUGAUGAAUGAAAAACUAAAGCAUUCUGUAAUCUAGAAUGAUUUGGUUUAAUUCAGUUAAUUUAGAUAUAUAGAUAUAAACUAUCUGCCACCCUCAUAUUGUUACAUCUACUUUAAUGAUGACCACUGUGCGGUCAGCUCAAAUCACAGCCGAGCUCUCUCCUCCUCCAGAUAACACAGAAGGAUGCCCGGUCUCUCCCAACAACAACAUUUUGCAUACAGAUUUCCAUAUAUUCCAUUCAUGUUGGGUGGGGGUCAUUUAGAUUUGUUCAGUCCCUUGACUCCCUCGCUACCAAACAAUCACAACACCACUUCAGUCUGGCAGGAGCUUAUCUCUGUCUCCCAUCGUAGAGGACGAGGAGAUGGCGAUAAAGUGAGUUACUGCAUAUUUGAUUAUUGGGCCUUUACCAUUUUCAGCAGACAACAGCUUACAGCAGCCAUGUGGAAAAUACCAAGGAUGUUUUCACUCACUGGUAGAUUGUGUUGCUUUCCCAAGGAUCCACUGGGGGAUGUUGAGACUUGGAGUGAGUCUGUGGACAAAGUCCUCAGUUGUAAAGCCGGACAGAUAGCUUUCCGGGAGUUCCUGAAGUCCGAGUACAGCGAGGAGAACAUUCUCUUUUGGCUCGCCUGUGAGGAAUAUAAAAAAAUCAAGACGGUGCCAGAGAUGAUCUCCUCUGCCAACAGGAUCUACUCAGAGUUUGUCCAAACUGAAGCGCCCAGACAGAUCAACAUAGAUUGCGGUACCAGAGAAAACAUAACCAAGAACAUCUCCCAGCCUUCCCUGACUUCAUUUGAUACGGCACAGAAGCUCAUCUACUCUCUGAUGGCCAGGGAUUGCUACCCACGCUUCCUAAAAUCUGACAUCUAUCAGGGACUCCUGAGGAGAACUGAUUCAAGGUGACUGUUUUAAAACUGACAGCCUCUCAGACGAAGGCUUGUGAAAUCUUCUCUCCAACUCUGAUCUGCUGUGGCACUCUUUGAUUUCAGUGUGGAUAACAGGUUUAUGCCAUACAAUCCAGAUCCCAAGUGUAGCAGAAAUAGCUUUUCUCAACCUGUGUGAUUCAGUAGACAGUUGCAGCUCAAGAUAAUUUUUGGCUUGUAUUAUACUUUAUCUCUUUAAUUAUGUUAUUAUGCACCAUGACGUUAAUAAUAAAAAGAAUUCCUUUAUUGUAAAGUAUUAUCAACACUUUAAUUGAUUAUGCAAAUAUAAAUCCUAAUAUACUCUGAGAAAUUCAAAUUUCACAUCCAAAUAAAUAUGUGAGUGUAUUGUUAAACCUCCGUCUCAUUUUUGUGUUUUCUUAAAAACUUAAUCUAUUUAAGUUAAAUGACAUUUACUUAAAUGACAUUUGGGUGUGGUUUUUUUGAAUGUGAUGCAAAUCUCCUUUGUUGUUGUCACAGAAGACUUGUCUGUAUACUGUGAUAUGCUCAUAAUAUGGUAAAAAAAAAAAAAA